CACGGGAUAAACUAGAGCAUCCAACACAUGAAAUAGCGGGAAGUAGAUUUCCGGCUCGUGUGCUUUAAAACAGCACUGUGCCAGAAAAAGAAUUUAUACCAGACCACACAACCCAAUAUCGGACGAUUUUUUUCAUUCCUUGGAUACUCCGCCGGAUAAACUAUGUCGAGCUUCAUAGAGGAUGAAGAACAGCCAGAUGACCUCGUUCGUUAUACGUGCGAUAUUUGUAACCGCCGAUUUUCUGAUGCAGCCUUGUCCAAACACCGUGUCAUCUGUCUCAAAAAUGCCCAAAGAAAGCGAAAGGUUUUCGAUAGUCGUCUUCAGCGUGCCAGGGGCCUCCAGAUGCCGAAGACGAAGACAGAUUCAGCGGCUAUUCUCCGAGAGCGCGAAUUAAAGUUGGCCCAGAUUCAGGAGCGAAAAUCCAAUUGGCGUAUGAAACAUGAGGAAUUUAUUUCAGCGAUUCGCGCGGCUAAGGAAUAUACAUUUGCCAAGAGAUCCGGUGGACCAUUGCCCCCUCCGCCUCCAAGUACCAUUGACCCAGACCUUAUACAGUGCAAGUUCUGCCUACGAAGAUUUAACGAGAAAGCGGCUGAGCGACAUAUCCGAUUUUGCGAAGAAAAACACAAGCAGAUGCCUAAGAACCCUUCAAAACGUUCACGAAAUCCCACCUACUCACACGUAAGCUCCCCCACCAAUCGCCCCGCAAAAACGGGGAAUUUGCAGUCAAAGAACAUCCCCGCCUCGCCCGGUGAACCGAUGGUGGGAAGGGACGUAUUGAAAAAUCCGUCCUCCGGCAACACUAGGUGUGUAAGCUUCACAAGACAUGGUACUACAAAACAACACGGUGUAAAACUUCCGGUAGAUAACUCAUUUGGUCGGUUGCAAACGGUCACUCCAUAUUCACCGAAGCAGCUGCAACACGAGCAGAUCAGGGAUGAGAGAACUCCACAAAACGUGUCCGCGGGAGAGUUGUACAUGCUGUCGGAACUGCAGCGGAAAAGCACACGGCCUUCAGUUUGGAACAGACCACCGAAACGAGUAUCAUCUCCCUCAACUUCAGCACACGAACCAUGCACAGCCGAAGUAACGAGUUCCGCAAUAGGUCAGCUCAAGGCACACCAUCCCACCUUAUCUAGGCAGAAUGGGUUAGCACUGCGCUCCGGUCGUACACACGAGGAUUAUCUAAAUGCCAAGGAGUUAGCCCGUGACCUAGUAGGAGAAUGUGUGAGAUUGCCUACCGGACAACGCCACCCUAUUGGGACUGCGCAAGUUACACCGGUAGGACUCCAAAAGUUCAUUGCUGCCGGUGGCAAUCGAAAACACAAUGACGAAGGAUUUAAAUAUACCGGUCUAGGGGAAAAAACGUCUAGCAGAAAUCCAUCGGAGGCGACUGUUCCGCUGCGUUCAGACGGACACGAACCUAAACUGCCACAAGAUGGCGAUUCUUUGUUUGAUGAAACUGUUUCGGAUGAUCCGACAGGAUGCACACGACGGACAUGCAGAAGACCUGGUAAUACAGCAGACAGAAUCAACGGAACAGUUGAUAAAUACCGAACAAAGGAAGUUUGCGGAAGGUCGGACGGAAAGGUGAACAAAUUCUGCUUGGAGUGCGGAAGCCCAUUUCCAAAUGCCACAGCUAAAUUCUGCCCUGAGUGUGGACUACGACGAAUGGCGGUUUAACCAGUCACUUACAUCCCACUGUUGAAUUCUGGCCCCGUCAACUCCAGCCACUGUAUAUAUCCGCUUGAAUUGAUGGUCUUGGAAACUGGAGAUCGGACAGGGACAGUGACCAAUACGGAGCCAUAUGCAACUAACUGAAUUAUGUGUAUAAUCCGCUUCAAAGUACAGCACAAACGUGAUAAACCGAACCCGUACCCUAUCAAGGGUUGCAUGUAGAGCAAAAUUACACCACUGAGUGAGUGUGAUUAAAGGAUAAAUAAUCAAAGGAGAACGGCAUUCGGAACAAGAAAACUUUCAUUAUGUUCCAGUACUUUUUUAAAUUGACGUAACCAAUGGAACUGCGCAAAAGAUACUUGAGAUUUGCAAUGGGGAAGUUGUAGUAAAUGUACUCAAAACAUUUUUAUCAGCCUAUUCGGAAGCGCAUCCAUAAAUCACAAGUUACCCGCCAAUGGCGUUUAGGGCAUUUCGAUGUGUAGUGACUAACAUCAUGGGUAGAAUGAAUAGCUCACGACGUCCAUCAGUGUGCAUGGCCCGCGAAUCGCUUCCACUCACUUCGAUAGUCAAAAUAACGAGAGGAGCCGUAACAAGAGUGUAACUCAACAGUGUACUAGUUUGUAUAGGAAAUCAAAU